AGUCCAUCACUAAUUGUGAAAUUGUUACACGAAGGCCGUUGCAGUGUUGCAGUGCGGUGCUGACACAGCUACACUGUGACAUUGAUCAGAAACAAGGAAGUCGCGAUGCAACCUGGAAAACUGAUUUCGAAUUGUAUGACAUAUUGACAGUUGGCGCGUGUGGGCGUGCGUUUGGCGCGCUUUUCCUGAUCAUAGACAAUUUUGUUUUGGUUUCUUUUUUAUAUAUAUAUAUAUAUAUAUAUUUUUUGACGUGUUUUAAUUUACGUUUUUUUUUUUUUUUUAUUAAGCAAAGGAAACGAUGUUUAGUUCCAGAAGUGAACUUUGUUUUUCAAAAUGAAACCUAUUGUGACCGUAUGUGUUUUUAAGUUCGUCAAGUUAUCUAAAAGUGUAGUGUGAAAAUAGUUGGAGAUAGAAAGUAUCUAUGAGCAUUGAAGCGUCAAGAUUAGAUAUGAAAAUGAAGUUUACGGCAACGCGCAAAACCACCGCGCGGCACAAUCCGCUAAACGCGGCCGCCAUCAUGAAAGAAAAAAGCAAGAACGCAGCCCGGAGUAGGAGAGAGAAGGAGAACGCAGAGUUCCUGGAGCUGGCGAAACUGUUGCCGCUGCCUUCCGCCAUCACGUCACAGCUCGACAAGGCAUCAGUCAUUCGGCUCACCACCAGCUAUCUAAAGAUGCGGCAGGUGUUCCCUGAUGGUCUUGGGGACGCGUGGGGGGCGGCGCCGCCACCUCUGCAGUCCAGGGAAAUGUCAAUUAGGGAGCUGGGCUCGCAUUUACUGCAGACGUUAGACGGAUUUAUCUUCGUUGUGGCGCCGGAUGGCAAGAUCAUGUACAUUAGCGAAACAGCGUCAGUGCAUCUUGGACUUAGUCAGGUAGAACUAACCGGCAACUCGAUAUAUGAGUACAUACAUCAAUCUGAUCACGAGGAGAUGAACGCGGUACUCAGUUUGCAGCAUCCGCACACGUAUCUCGGACACCAGUAUCCAUCUAUAGGGUACCCCGUAGGUGGGACGUGGGGUCCAACGGUGGACAUCGAGUGUGAGCGGGCAUUCUUCAUACGAAUGAAAUGCGUGUUGGCGAAACGGAACGCCGGCCUCACCACCGCCGGGUACAAGGUAAUCCACUGUUCCGGUUACCUGCGGGCGCGUCGCUUCGGCGAGGGCUCGGCGCCGCUCGGCCUGGUGGCGGUGGGCCACUCCCUCCCCCCCUCGGCGGUCACUGAGCUCAAGCUUCACUCAAACAUGUUCAUGUUCCGCGCCUCGCUCGACAUGAGGCUGAUAUUCCUUGAUGCCAGGGUGGCAUCACUGACCGGCUACGAGCCACAGGAUCUCAUCGAGAAGACUCUAUACCAUUAUAUACACGGAACCGACGUGCUGCAUAUGAGAUAUUCGCAUUGUACCCUGCUAACAAAGGGCCAAGUGACGUCCCGCUACUACCGUUUCCUGACAAAGUCAGGCGGCUGGGUGUGGAUGCAGAGUUAUGCGACCAUAGUGCACAAUUCGCGCUCCUCCCGCCCACACUGCAUCGUUUCUGUUAAUUAUGUGCUCAGCGACAUCGAGGAGAAACAUCUUAUACUAAACAUCGACCAGGGCCCACCCAAACCGAGCCACGACAUCCCCACCCCCUCCCAACACAUCCCGACCACCACCACCUCACCACAAAUGCCACACCUCCGGCACACAGACAAAAUCAGCCAUAUACAUUUAAACGAGAGCGACUUCAGCGGUGACUCGAGUGGGGGGUACACGUACCCAGAAUACGCUUUACCAGUCAUCCAACAGUACGACAACCAGGAGGAGUACCAGCAUCAGCAGAACGGCACAUACCAGGAGCUGUUCUACAACGAAAACUAUCCGGAACCGGAGUUAUUGCCGGGUAAUUACGUUAACUACCCACAAAAUCAACGGCCGUUCUCGGCGAGCUCGUCCUCGUGCAGCUCUAUUGAGAGUUCGGAGAUCGCUAAUCAACAGUAUAGUUAUACGAACCUAAUAUCGUUUUACGGCCAUAACGGUCAAGCGCAAAACGGCCGACCCGCGGAGAACUUUGGCAGUAAUUUCGGAAAGAUGACCCCAAGCCCGUCAGUUCAGGAGGGCUACACGAGUGUUAUUGUGGACAACACGCAGCAGUUCCACCACCACGGUGGGGGCGUCAACGAGUUUGUGCAUUGACGAAGUUAUUUAACUGUACAUGAGGAGAGACCAUAGUUAAGAUUGUGUAUUCCACAAAAAAACCUAGUUCAAUCAUAACCAAAACCAGUUAUUUUAACUUAAUCAGUAAACUAUUGAACCGAUUUUGAUAAAGUUUGCACGAGACAAAUCUAAAAGUAUAACCUUUCAGAUAAAAAAAGAAUUUUCCAAAUAGGUUUUAUAAAUGAGUUACUCAUUAUAAAUCCAUUUUAAUUAAAAUAAUUUACCCUUGAAACGGUCCCAACACUAGUUUGUCAAAAUUGAAGUAGGUAUUUUUGUUAAAAAAGAAUUUUUUAUUUAAAAAAAAAACAAUAUUGGAGCCAAAUUAUUCCUCAUCUAAUUUCAGUCAUUAGGAAUUAUUAACUUUUUAUUUGAAUUAAUUGGCUGUAUGUGUAUUUGCUGAAGUCGAAAAUUAUUUUAUACUGUUAUAUUAAAAAAAAAAAUGAAGGCGCUGUGCUAAUAUUAGAGUGAAAGAUUCACACGAAUUUAAACAAAAUUAAAUAUACUAUGCAAGAUAUUGUGUCUAUUGUAAAUUUAUUUUCUCAUACUAUUUCAAGUGGUGCGAUAACAUAACGUUAUUUGCUUAUUUAUAACUGUUAUUACCAAAUAACGGUUAUCGAGAACAACGUUAGUGUAGUGACGUCAUAAGACAGUAUCGCUACCAUGAAUUUGUAGGCUUACAGAUAAUUUACUACAGUAGAUUACUAUAAAGUUUCUACAGUAGUUGUUGCAUUCGAUAUUUAAGCGACUGUCGAAUAUUUCAAAUACAUUAUAUAAUUUAGAAAACUCACUCCAUAACUUUAACGUGGAAUAAUACAAGUACUUUUAAUUGAACUAUCUGUUACAUUCCGGAAGUCGAUAUCACUGGUUAUUUGAUUAAAAUCAUUUUCUUUACUUCCGCUACCGUUAGUAUAUGUGUGACAGUCAACACUCAAAGAUUGACUAUCUACUCAUACAUCUACAUAACUGUUAAUAAACAUUAGCCAUCAAUCUCCGACUGUUAUUUUGUUCACGCAUGUUUUGCAACAUGUGUUUCACCUCUAAACGAGGCAUCAUGUAUUAACGUAUCUGUACAAACUCGUGGUAGCGAUGUUGAUAUUCCAAAUAUGUAAAUAGUUGUACAUAGAAUUAUUUAAGUAUAAAUCGAAGACUUAUCUGUAAUAGCUUAUUUAUACAUGUACGUUUUAAAUUUUAUAUUAUAUAAUAUAUUAAAAAUUAUACUAGUUUAAUAGUUUAUUAUGAUCUUUUUCUCUUAUUGCUCCCUAAUUUCUUGUUUUUUUUUUUUAAAUCAUAUACAUAACAUACGUCUAGAUGGAGUGUCGAUUUAAAAAUGGAACGUUCCAAAAACGGUCCACUAACCGUUGGCUUGUUGAUUUUUUCUUAGAAUGUACGAAAUUUUUAAAUAUAAAAUUGGUAAUAUCAUCGUAGUAGGUAGUAUCACUGAUGAACAUAGGUCUGCCCCAUAAGGGGUGAGGGGGUGGGCAGUAGUUGACAGGCUUGGCAUGCAGGUUGGCAAUCGCUGUUGGACUUUGGUGAUAUUUUAAAAAUGGACGUUACUGUCCAUCGCUAGAGCAUAUAAAUAGAUAUAUCAAUAUUUUUUAUUAAAAUUAAUAACAUAGUAAAUACGAAAUGUACCCCAACUUCGCGCAAGUAUACUAUUUAUUUAUUUAUAAAUUGCUCACCACACUUACAAUAUCCCAAAACGUGUAGUGAAGCAUAGGUUUAUUUUCCAAAUUUAAAAUUUUUAAACAACAUUUAAAAAGUAUAUCUAAUUUAAAAAGUGUAUUUAAUUUGUAUUAAGUAUAUCAAUAUCUGGCUGCUGAGCAAUCAGAUUAUUAUUAGAAAUACCGCUAUUAAAAAUACCGGUCAAGUGAGUGUAGAACUCACGCUCCGAGGGUUCGAUACAUCAGUAUAAAUGACAUAAAAUGACCUUUAUCGCUUUUCUAAUACGAAACAGAAGGCCUACCAUGAAAUGUUUUCCGAAAUUUCGGAGCCAAACGAAACACAAAUUUGAUGUUAAAAUUACAUAAUACAUGCCGUUUGGAAAUAUUAAAAAUGUUAAAAUAACGUUCCUUUGGACUUUUAUGAUAAGAUGUAUGACGAACGAAAUGUUUGUUGGUCCGGUUUUGGUAUAAACAAAAACACGAAAUUGAGUCCGAAAUUUCGGAAUUUCAUUUCAUGGUAGACCCGCUGAUUCAUAAUAGUUAUUAUUAUUGAUACUAUAUUUCGUAUUUUCUUUUUAUUUUAGACCAUAAUUGUGGUUAAAACCACAUAACUAAGCUUAUUUUUUUGGAAGUAUUAUGGUAAUUUUUCAAAAACGGCGCUAGUUAGAGACAUAAAGACCAUUACAACAAUAUUAACAAGCUUGUGUUCCACAUAAAAAAAGUCAACUUAAAUUCUGGUAAAACCAGUUAUUUAAAAACUAAACUGCUGAAUCAAUUUUUAUAAUAUUUCAACGGAACCAAUUGUGAAGGUAUUUCAGAUAAAAAAAAAAAAAGAAUUUUACAAAUCGGUUUAUAAUAUGAAAAUACAAUUAGUUAUAAACGAAUAAAGAUUGGAUAGAAUCGAUUCAGUUAACGCAUGUAUAGAAAAGAACAAGACACCGGAUAUCGUCAUCUCGUUUUAUCUUAUGGACUAUGGUUAGCGACGCGAUGGGUACUUCUUUAACAGUCAAUAAAAAAUCAAAAUUAGUAGUAAUAAUUUAAUUUUUAUUUUUUAUUAGGAGUUCAAUUUGUAGGAAGACACUGCAUCUAGAUGUUAUUGGUAUAAAAUUACCCUAAAAUAUAAAAUAGGGCAAGUAUAAAUACUAUUAGAUACUAAAACUAAAGAGGAGACCUUUAUUUAUUAUUGGUAUUCAUUCGAAAUUAUUCAAAAAAAAAAGUCUCUAUGGUUCCAUAGAGACUUAUUUUUUAAAUCGAAAAACGAAUCAAUCACUAAGAACAAGGAAUGACUUCUAUUCCAAAAUCUUUGGUAGAGAACCAUAGAGAUUUUUUUUUUAUAUUUUGGUAUUUAGACCGUAAAGACAAUGAUUUACUCAUAAUAAAGUAUGUAAAAAAUAGAAAAAAAAAGUUAUUUAUGAUUAACCUAUUCCUUUUUCUUUUUUCUAUUUUAUAUGAUUACUAAUAAUAGAUAAAGAAUCGGACUCUAUUACUAAUAUUUUGUAAAAAAAUACCUAAUCGAAUUUACUUCCUUAAUCUAAAUGUAAUAUUAUAUUACUAUGAAUUUUAAAAUCGGUACAGAUACCGUAAUAUCAAAUCAUAGACAAUAAUAGAUUAGUAUCUUUUAAUUUGUAGUUGUACACUUUAAGUAGUAAUAAUAUAUUUGAUACUUGAUCUAUGUACAAAGUGUAACUAUUCAACUAAAUACCAAAUUGUACUAACGCCCUGUAUUCGUUAAUAUAUAUAUAUAU